AUUUGGCUACGCAAAUUGCCCCUCAAUCGCGAGAUAUUGGCGAUUACUAUCAUGGCUCUAAAGCCUCAGCAUCCGUUCCAAUGCCUGCGAUAUGUUGAUCGCCAAGAUUCAGGUCUCAUAAUUGCAUCAGCAGGUGCAAAGCUUUAUUCUUUCUCGGUCAAUGACGGUCGUAAGCUCUAUACAUGGCCUCCUAGUGGGGGUACUAGCAGCCCAACCUCUCAAGUUGACUCUGCUGAGCGCGGUGAUGAGCCGCCUGAGAAGAAAAGGAAGCUUUUGCCAGGUAGCACUGCUGAGAACGAAAAAGAGGAAGCUCAAGCCAAGAGCGAGUCUGCCAUCAGUGUUCCUACCUGGUCGACCAUUCCGAUCUUGGUCAUCUCCCAUUCAGGUCGCUAUGUAAUAGCAGUGACGGCAGAAGACAAAAAUGUUCGAGUUCUCGAAAUCGAUUCCGAUGGAGUGCUGACGCAAUUGAGUGCAAGACCAGUCCCAAAACGGCCAUGCGCGAUAUCACUGUCAUUUGACGACAACACAAUUUUCAGUGCCGAUAAAGGCGGAGAUGUGUAUGGUCUUUCUUUCCACCCUUCCGAGGAUGGAGAGUUACGAAUUGUCUCUCGGCCAAAGAAGGCUUAUCAGCCGGCAGCAAACGCUCAAGUAGUCCACACGAAAAGAAACUUAUAUUCUCUCCAGCAACAGCUUCGUCAACAGCAGGAACACGAAAAACAAGGAAUUGAGCACACGGUCAGUCGUCCGGUGAAGCCCAACGCACUUCUCGGGCAUAUUUCUAUACUCACAGAUAUUGCCCUUGGAGCUGUGCCAUCGACAUCAUCCACCGAUAAACCACAUGUCUACCUUAUCACGGCAGAUCGCGACGAACAAAUCCGAGUGUCUCGCGGUCCACCUCAGACGCACAUUAUAGAGGCAUAUUGCUUGGGUCACGAAUUAUUCGUUACCAGACUCUGCACUCUUACUUCUGCUCCACAUCUUUUAAUCUCAGGGGGUGGUGACGAUUAUCUCUUGGUAUGGGAUUGGAGAAUCGGUCAACCCUUGCACAAGGUCCAAAUCGCCACAGAAGGGAAGCAAGGCAAACCCGUUGUUAGAGGCAUAUGGGAGAUCCACUUCAAUGGCAGCUCAUCAGUUGCUAUCCUUGUGGCUUUUAAUGGAUCGCCCGAGCUCCAAAGUUUCUUGCUACAAGAAGACGGCCAACUAACACCCCAAAAAUCCAUCCAGGCAUCUGGAAAUGUUUUGGAUGUCACAUGGGCUGAAAGUCAAGCUACUCUCUUCCUUUCCAUCGAUGCAUGUCACGAGGCGGGCUCGACUAAGACAUGGAGGAAAAAUUUCAGUGCAACCCAAACUCUUGUCGAAAGCUACAUAGCCAAGGUCCAGGAUGGUAGCUUGGAAUUUGAAUCGACUACUGCUCAAGUUGUUGAGCAGGUGAACUCUCAGGGGACAGAAGAUGUUGUUGCUGUGCUGGACGACGAGCCGGCACAGCAAAAGGCUCAGAAGGCACUGAGUGGGACAGCUUUGGAACGCAAAAUGUAUAGCAAAUUUGAGCCUUUGAAGAAUGAUCUUCUCUUGAGGGCUGCAAGAGGGGAAACCGUCGAGCGGCCGCCGAUAUGGGUUAUGAGACAAGCUGGGCGAUAUUUACCCGAAUAUCAUGAAGCCAAGGGCAACCGGGACUUUUUCGACUGCUGUCGGUCGCCCGAGAUCGCUUCCACCCUCACUCUGCAACCCAUUGAGCGCUUCGAAGGGCUCAUCGAUGCUGCCAUUAUUUUCUCCGAUAUUCUCGUGAUUCCGCAAGCGAUGGGAAUGACGGUGGAGAUGAUUGAUAAGAAGGGCCCGAGUUUUCCGGAACCAUUGCAAUCGCCCGAUGACGGCCAGUACGAGAAGAUCUUGCAAAAGCAGGUGGAUGUGGAAAAGGAGUUGGACUAUGUCUACAAGGCCAUCACACUCACCCGAACCAAGCUUAAUGGCCGAGUGCCGCUCAUCGGAUUCUGCGGUGCCCCAUGGACCCUACUCUGCUACAUGGUCGAAGGGGGCGGCACGAAAUUGUUUGUGCAAUCCAAGAAAUGGAUAUACAAAUACCCCAAGGAGAGCAAGGCGUUGCUUCAGAAAAUUUCCGAGAUUUGUGUUGAAUAUCUGGCUCUACAAGUCUCUGCUGGUGCUCAACUGGUACAAAUCUUUGAUUCGUGGGCAGGCGAACUGUCACCGGCAACAUUUAAGGAAUUCUCUCUUCCCUACCUUCGAUAUAUCUCUCAAAACUUGCCAAAACGGCUACAGGAACUUGGAAUCGACGCGGUUCCCAUGACUGUCUUUGCCAAGGGUGCAUGGUUUGCACUAGAUGAACUCUGCGACAGUGGAUACAACGUGGUUGGCUUGGACUGGCUACAUGAUCCGGCCGAGGCGUAUAAAAUUGCUCGAGGACGUGUGACACUGCAGGGAAAUGCCGACCCUGGUGUUUUGUACGGAGAACACUCUGCUAUAACCGCUACCGUUGAGAAUAUGGUCAAGGGAUUUGGUGGAGGCAAGAAGGGUUGGAUUGCCAACCUUGGUCACGGGAUUACACCAUUUGUCAACCCAGAUGACCUCAGAUUCUUCUUCGAAGAGAUCCAUAGGCUGACGAAAUGA